GAUUCGAGGCUCCUCCCCCUCCAGCUGUGGCUCCAGCCCUCUGAAUAUUACCAGCACACCUCCACCCGACACCUGCUCCCCAGGGGGCAAGAAGAUUCAGAACGGAGGGACGCCCGAGCUGCCCAGCACGGGGCUGCUUCCUGGACCCGACUCUGUUGGCUACCCCUACUCCAACCAGUCCAUCAUGAGUGACAACUCCCACCUGAGCAUAGACAUCAUGGAUGAGCCCGGUUCCAGCAGCCCCAGCAACGACGAGGCAGCCAUGGCUGUCAUUAUGUCCUUGCUGGAGGCGGACGCUGGCCUCGGGGGGCCCGUCGACUUCAGCGACCUACCCUGGCCGUUGUGAGGAAGCUGGGAGGGACGAGCCGGAGCUGCUGACGUGGGGUCGACGUCUGGUUGCCACGUUUUCCAACCUGUGUGCAUGACGGCACCGCAAAAAUGCUCAUCUUAACAGAAAAAGGAAGAAAAAAGGAAAAAAAAAACGCUCUGUAGAUACAGAAGAGAUCCUCUCUCUUUAGGUGUCCAUCAGACUGGAUGGCCGUUAGGUUUCACCCCCAAGUUUUUAGUUCAUCAUUCCCUGCAGGUGGAGCUGAGAUCCUGUUAAGAUGCAAAUUUUUCCAGUGCUGGUUUUCUAACGUUGCCACGGUGAGAAACCUUUUCUCAAACAACGGCGGUGCUGACAUGUCGAUGCUCCUUCACUCUCUACCCCAUCAACCCAAAUUAACAGAAGGCCCCCCCCCAAGACACUCGAGACAGUGGCAGAAGUUUAAUGGUGUUGUGUUGGGUGGUGAGCCCCCUGUCUCUGAGGUUUCCCUGUAGGAUACUGUACAAGCACGAGGACGUGAACACACAACAGAAGAUACUCAGAGGACCUUUAUUCCCAAAAUUCCACUACCAGGUGUAUCUCACGUAUUUAAAUUCUUCUUUCUUUUUGUAAAGACUGAAUUGUUUUGGAAGGCACCGCCCAGCUGCUGUUUCCAGAGUUUACGCAAACUUUUACUCCAAGCUGCUCAUCCUCGUCUGUUUCCUCAGAAAUACCGAACUUCUCAGUUUCCUUCUGUGUUCACUCAAACAGCCUGCAAGGCUUCUGAGAGAGGCAUUAGGAUGCUAGAAAAAAAAAAAGGCGAAAGCGCUGGAAUUGAGGGGGGGUUGUUGGGUUGAGGAUCCCUGUGCGUGUGCCUGUAUGUGUGUUGAGAAACAGACCAGUAAGGUUUAAAAGGUUGGCCUGUGUGGCCUUGCUUAUAAAUCAAACUGAUCUUUUUACUAUUUUACUGUCAUUUUCUAGUGAAUGCGGACAUGCUUCCCAUACGGAAGGAGGAGGAAUAAGUUGAAACAUUGCAAAUAUAAUAAAAAUCCCAGCAGUAAGCGAGACGGGUGUGCAGGAGCUCCGUUAGGUCGGGGGUCGUGCGUUCCCUGCGUCACAUGUUCCCGUCUUUUUAAAAGGCGCUGGUGAAAUAAAGCCGGCGAUUAGAACAGCCUCGGGAUCGUGGAUAGAUUUAACAGAGUGACUAAACACAGCCACGGGUCUAAACUCUCACACACCUACCAAGGACCAAACGCCACACGGCUGCAGUAAUAACACGACGUAAUCGAUGGUACUGCCACUGUCUUCUUGCGCAUGAACAUGAAAGAUCAAAAAAUGCAGAAUAAAAGCAGACAGUGGCUGCAGUGGUUUUAAUACUCUGGUUCUUAUUUUAGAACUUAAUCUUUCUCUUCAGCCCACAGAGCGGUUCUUCCUCAUACCAAUCCAAAUGCUCUCUGCAGGUAGACGGGCGUGGACGCAGUGUAGUGUAGAUUCUCCACGGAUGAGUCCAUGUGGUCACAGAGAACAGGCAGGCGAGCAGACAUCCACACAGAUCCUCACACUCACUGAUGACAAAGCCUCGAAAGUCCGUUUGGUUCGUAAUUUGUGACAAAUUUGCAUCACUCAGACUCGAGCAGACUCCAGAAUCUUUUUUUUUUUCCAGCGUCAUCUCUACUGAGUUCCUAGCUCACCUGCUGCACUUGCAGUUUUAAAUCUUCGCAUUAUUGGCAAGUGAUGCUUUAUUAACAAACGUUAAGCUUUUUCCUUUCACCACUGAAGCUUUUUAAAUGACUGGUGCUCAGUAGUGAUCUUAAGUCCAAACUACAGAAGUCAUCUAUUUAAAAAAAAAAAAAAAAGUGCCAAAUCUUUUAUUUGCGUUAAGUUUCUCCCCAAAGAAGAAAGAGGAGGAAAAAACCCAACCGAUCCAAGACCCAAACCUUGAGAGAACGUCGGCAGUGUCUGUAGCUCGACAUGCUGCCAGGCAUCAAUACGAAAGGUGAAAGAGAGAGUGCUGCAUGAGAGUCAAGCUCAGUCCUUAAUCAGCUUAGCCAACUGAAAAUCUCCAAUCUGUUGUAAACCUUUUGAUUUCUAUUGGACCAAAAAGGCUAAAAAGUGUAAAUCUACUCUCAUCAUUCAUUAUUUCAAAAACAAGGCCUAUAAACACGGGUGCGACUCCACUGAACCUAAAUCCCCUCUGAGUACCGAGCAGCACAGUCCCACAGGGAGAGACCCAUAAACCAGCUCUGAAUAUAAGACAGUCUUGGUGCAUAGGUUGACCUACAAUGCUGGAAUCUUUCAAAGGAAUAAUAAAAAAAAAAGACCAUCAGUGAAGAUCUGCUGCUCCUCGUGGACGGCCUCCUGCUCGUUUAUCUCUGGUGGGCUUCUGAGUGCUUGCAGCGAGCGCUCUGCAGGAGAGAAGCGAACAGCUGGAGUGAAGCUCUGACAGCUGUCAGAACAAAGAACGAGGCUUUAAUGGGGGGGGGGUUAAUUGAGUCCGGUGGGAGCAGCAGCUGUAUGGGCGGGCACACUCAGUGUGCUCGACAGCAAACCAGGACUGUUCAAGUGCUCCUCCAUGAGGAAAUGUUCUUCACUGCCAUUUUAUUGACAAUGCGGGAGGCGACACGGUGUCAGCCUGCUCACAUACAAACCUAUAAGCUUGGGUUACAGGGUCUCCACCUGCUCACCCCCUCACUGAUCCUUCAGCUUCUCAGUCUUGUGUUGAACUGUGUUCUCAGCAGAGGGGACUGGAUGUACUCUUUGGGCUUUACUUUACACCCCCCACAGAAGGAUCCACCCCCUUUUUUAACCAGCCUGGGUGGGGCUAAAAGAAGCUGAAAAACAAAAAAACCUCUGAGUUGAUUUAUUUGCAGACUUGCCAUACGUGGAUUUGACUGUAGUUACUCUUAAAUUUGGUCUUUUUUUUUUCUUUUUUUUUGCCCGUUUCACCCAACUGUUAAUUCAAACUACCUUACUAACUGCUGGUGAACAAAGAGGACUUUGUAACGAAGAUGGAGCUCACCAACAUCUCUAAUCACUUCCUGCAACAGUUUCUGGGGGUCACGAGAGAUUUUUAGUAGCCUUUUUUUCCCUCAAUGAUGAAGAUGAUCCCUAAUUUGACCUCUUCACCUCUCUGCUGUCACAGCCCCGGGCCUUUGUGUUGUCAGAUAAAUUAGAGGCGGACAUGACAAAAACCAAAAGAAGCAAAGACACAAUCAGAUUUGCCUUUUAACUUUCUGAAAUCUAUUUUGGAAACAAAAAAAAAAUCAAAUUAGAUGAUUGGAAAUAUUUUUUUAAUGGCGCUGCAUUAUAAAUACAUUAUGAAGGCUCCGGUUUGCAGUCGCAGAGAUAAAGCCUGGAUUUGAGUCUGAAAGACGAAAUCCCAGAGAUGUAUUUAAACAAAGUAAAUAAAUAAAAAACACAGAAACAAAAUAAGUUUUCUUCAUCGCUCUAUUUGCAAAGCAUAAACAAAAUAAAACUGUGUUCUUGUGUAUGACAUGAAAAAGGUCUUUAAAGGGCUGAUGUAUAACUUCUCAGCUUCUCACCAUGACCAGCACCUUCUUAUACAAACACAAGGCUUCCUGUCAAACUUAGCCCCGCCCACAUCAGAAGUGUUCUAACACUUGAGGAAAACACUUUUUCAUGAUGGGUUUUCUGUUUUUAACUUUCAAAGAAAAUACAUGUGAGACACAAGCUGGGCUAAUACAAGUCACCUGUUUUAUUUCCACGUGGGCAGACAAUGUUAACAUCGACCAACUGUGGCUGAAAACAAAGCAGCUUUUAAAAGAAAUCCUUAUUUGAGGAGGCUGAAUGCUGCAAGCGUGGCAGCUGCAGCACCAGCUGCUGUUUGGACCUCAGCCGCUUAAGUAUAAGCCGGGCUCAGACUCCGCCUCCGCCGUCCUCCUCCAACCAGGCAGCAGCUGGCAAGGUCCCCUCUGUAUCUGUUCUAGUGGGUUUAUUUCUGUUUUAAGUGUUUCUACUCUACACACUACAAUAAAGUGUUCUCCUUGUUGAUAUCUCCCUGCCCCACCUGACGAUAAUGUAUCAAAUCUUUAAAUAUUAUCAUGUUAAGAGUAUACUUUAUGCAAAUAUAUAUGAGUAUGAUGAGUGUAUUGUAUGUAUCAGCAGUGAAAUAUUUUUCAAAUAAAAUUAUUUGUUUCUGUCAUCGA